UCCCCGGGACCCCCCCGUCCUUCUUUUCCUCCGCCUCGGACCCGCGGCGGCUCCCGCAUGUGCGGGCACGGGGCGAGGCGCGGCCGGAGCCCCGCGGGGAGCGCCGGCUGCGGGGAUCCCUCCUCCUCCUGCUCCCCCCAUCCCGACGGCGGCCGCCUUUUAUUUCUUUAAAUAUUUUUAAGCCCCCCCCCCUCCCUUCCCAUCGUUUAUUUUUAAUUGCUUAUUUUCUUAUCUGCGACGGGGGCGGCGGAUGAAGCGGGACGCGGCGAGAGACGGCGGCGGCGGCGGCGAGAGGAGAGGAACGCAGAGCGUAUAUAUGCAAAGUUGGAACUCGUGGAGCUUCGGCUGCUGCCUUCUGCGUCUCCGUGGCGUUAUUUCCAAACAACCGUAAUUAAUUACGAUUUUUUUGUUGUUGUUUUAUUUCAUUUUUAAUUAUUUUGGACGGACUCUGGAUUUUUUUUUUUUUUUUGAAUGCCGGGCGCGGCCAGAAGAAGCGCAAACCAAUAGACACCUGUGCGUGUGUACAUAGAAAAAAAAAGAUAUAUAUAUAUCGAGCUAUUAUAUUAAAGAAAAAAAACAAUUAAAAUAAGGACCGAACGAUCGCGGCAGCCGCCCCCAGGCAGCGCCCGGCGGGGCGGGCAGGAGCCGCUGCGGGGCCGCUCACGAUGGAGGAGGGCAGCCGCAGCCCCCGGGAGGAGGCGGCCGAACCGCAGGAGUCCGGCGGGGACGCGGAACCAGGCGGAGGACGUCGGGCUCUUCUGCUGCCUCCCGGCGACCCACCGCACCCCCACCCGCACCCUCACCGCAUCACCAACUUCUUCAUCGACAACAUCCUGAGGCCCGAGUUCGGUCGGAGGAAGGAAGCGGGAGGAACAGCCGGAGAACCCCGCAGGCCCGGAGCGGAGAGCAGGAGGAGCCCCGCGGCCGCAGCGCCCGCACCCGGAGCUCCGGUGCCCGGCGGAGGAGGAGGAGGCGGCGGGGGGGUUUCGCCGGGCCGAGGGGAGGGCGGCCCCGCCGCUCUGGCCCUGCACGGAACGGCCAAGAAGGGGGGAGACCCCGCGGCGCUGGAGGCGGCCCUGAAAGCGAGGGGGCUGAGCGGCGCGGAGCUGUCGGUGAGCUCGGACUCGGAUAGCUCCCAGGCCGGUUCCAACGCUGGAAACCAACCCAUGCUUUGGCCCGCCUGGGUGUACUGCACGCGGUACUCCGACCGGCCGUCCUCAGGUCCCCGCUCCCGCAAACCAAAGAAGAAGAACCCCAACAAGGAGGACAAGCGGCCCCGCACCGCCUUCACGGCCGAGCAGCUGCAGAGACUCAAGGCCGAGUUCCAGACGAACCGCUACCUGACGGAGCAGCGCAGGCAGAGCCUUGCCCAGGAGCUCGGCCUCAACGAGUCCCAAAUCAAGAUCUGGUUCCAAAACAAGAGAGCCAAGAUCAAGAAGGCGACGGGCAGCAAGAACUCGCUGGCCGUGCACCUCAUGGCCCAGGGGCUCUACAACCACUCCACCACGGCGAAAGACGGCAAGUCGGACAGCGAAUAGCCGGGGGAGGGGGAGGGAG